GGCGAGUCUCGCGUUCCCUGGAGUUGAGGGCAAGCGGCUGGCGAGUCUCGCCGUUGUAAACGCGCACCCGCGCCGCGGAACACAAAACCCCGACCGCUCCGGGGGCGCGCCUCGUCUCCAGCAGCGUCUUUGCGCGGGGAAAGCCCAGGCUCUGGUGAGGCAGGGGGAGGGGGAGAGAGGCGUGUUGCUUGAACAAAACCAGGGCGAUUUCGAUCGUGUGGAGAGAGAGAGAGAGAGAGAGAGAGAGAGAGAGAGAGAGAGAUUGAAGCUGAAGAGGCGCUCGGGUCUCUCUCCUUUCCCCAGAAGCUGACGGGGAGUAGAAGGGACCCCCUUCUCUCCAAAUCGGGAAGAAGGCGCCCAAAGGGAGCCAAGCUCGGGCACUUGGCUCCUCUUCUCCCUCCCCCAGGGCCCUGGGGGUGCGCGCCGUGCAGACAAAAGCGAGAGACUGGAGACGGAGAGAGAGAGAGAAGCAAGCGGCUGGCAGGGAAGAAGAGCCCCUCAGACACGUUGCACACAGGCGCACAAACACACGCGCGCCCUCUCUCCUCUCACACACCCCAGAUCCAUCUUGAAGGUGCUCUCCCGUGCCGUCUCGCCACCGCCGCCGCCGCGCCCGGCUCGCCCAGCUUCCCGGGACUUUGGUAGGGAAUGCCCUGGCGCCUCCUUCGCCAAUGUUUCACUGGAGCAAGUGGAAGAAGAGGAUGGGAGCCAGCAUUUCCUCCUCGUCUUCCAAGAGACCCGUCUUCGACGAGAAGGAGGAUGUGAAUUUUGAUCACUUCCAGAUACUUCGAGCAAUUGGGAAAGGAAGCUUUGGCAAGGCCCUGAUGAAUGCCUUUGAAACCAAAAGACAUUAUUCCUCUACUAAUCAAAAAAUAAUCAGGGAGCUUAAGGUGUGCAUUGUACAAAAGAGAGAUACAGAGAAGAUGUAUGCCAUGAAGUACAUGAAUAAACAGCAGUGCGUUGAAAGGGAUGAGGUUCGAAAUGUGUUCAGAGAACUGGAGAUCCUGCAGGAAAUUGAGCAUGCCUUCUUGGUGAAUCUCUGGUACUCAUUUCAGGAUGAAGAGGACAUGUUUAUGGUAGUGGAUUUACUCCUGGGUGGUGACCUACGUUAUCAUCUCCAGCAAAACGUGCAGUUCACCGAGGAAACGGUGAAACUCUAUAUCUGUGAGAUGGCAUCAGCUUUAGACUAUUUGCGCAGUCAGCAUAUUAUACACAGAGACGUGAAACCAGACAAUAUUCUCCUUGAUGAACAAGGCCAUGCACACCUAACAGAUUUUAAUAUUGCAACAAUCAUCCGUGAUGGUGAAAGAGCAACCGCGUUAGCUGGGACUAAGCCAUAUAUGGCUCCGGAGAUCUUUCAUUCCUUUCUGAAUGGUGGAACUGGUUACUCCUUCGAAGUUGACUGGUGGUCCCUGGGAGUGAUGGCAUACGAGCUCCUCCGUGGAUGGAGGCCUUAUGACAUCCACUCUAACAGCCCCGUGGAAUCCUUAGUUCAGUUGUUCAGCACCGUGAGUGUCCAGUACGUAACAGGAUGGUCAAAGGACACGGUCGCCUUAUUAAGAAAGCUUCUGACAGUGAACCCUGAGCACCGGUUUUCUAGCUUAGCUAGCAUCCAGACUUCUUCCUACUUAUCUAACGUGGACUGGGACGAAAUCUGCGAAAAGAAAGUGGAGGCAGGAUUUGUGCCUAACAAAGGCCGUUUGCAUUGUGACCCCACCUUUGAGCUGGAGGAGAUGAUCCUGGAGUCGAGGCCGCUGCACAAGAAAAAGAGGCUUGCAAAGAAUAAAUCCAGGGAUAAUAGCAAGGAUAGCUCACAAUCGGAAAACGACUACCUCCAGGAUUGCCUGGAAGCAAUUCAGCAAGAUUUUGUCAUUUUUAACAGAGAAAAGUUGAAGAGGAGCCAAGAUCAAAUGAACGAGUCCAUUUCUCCUCCUGAAACCACCGACGAAGCUGAGACUGAAACAGAAUCUGAAAAUUCCAACCUGAAUAUGUGUAGCUCAGUAUGUUCUUCCACAGGCAGCAGCUAGGACUACGGAGAGGAGGCAAAGGGGCCGGGAGCUUGCGCACCUCUUGAAUAAAUCAUUCUCAGGUUGCACUGACAAGCCGAUGACAGGACACUGAGUACCUUGGUUGAAGAAAAGAAGAGGAGUCACACAAAACAACACUGUAGAGCCGCAGCAGAGGCACAUAGUUCUUACAGAACUCAUGGAUUUUUUUUCCCCUUCAGAAAGGGAUCGCCUCUUUUACCCAAUACUUUGCUAUGCAACACUUUGGUGAAAACCUUUCCAUUUCUUCCUUUGCUCUUUUCUUUUCGCAGGGACAGACAGUGGGGUCUGAAGGAUAUUGGCAAGGCGAUAAGGGUUCCAGACCCAGUUCCAGAGUAGGUCCAAGAGAAUGCAGAUUGAAAGCAUGCAUAGUGGUCCCAGAGGACUAGGAAAGGGGGCAAAAGCCACUGGAAGCUCACUUUUCUGGGACCGUCCUUAAUAUGCCAGCUAAGGCUCAUGCAUGCAAGAUUGUCUCUUGGUAUUUUCAGAGCAUUAGAGAGUUCUUACGGACCGUGGCAGUUGCAAAAUACUUGUAUGUUUCAGCUGGGACAAUACAGUGACAACUUGGCCAUACAUGAUUUUCAGAGGGCCCAAUCUCAGCAUUAAUGGAUCCUUUCCAGUGGUCCUGUUCAGGGCCAAAUAUGCUGGGUUUUUGCAGCAUGGAAUUUUAAAAUGGUUUUGCUGCAAGGUAGAGCGUUUUCCUAAACAUGCCGAAUUGUUUCACAAAGCUAUCCUUACUUAACAAGGAGCUGUUUAAGCUACAAGCAUAUUAAUAGAGGUUAGUGUUUUCUUCACUCAUAAUGAAGGAGCAGGGCACUAGUUUGGCUGGAUGUAGGUGAGAUAGCUAUAAAGCAAUGCCCUAGUUAUGCAGGAAGUGAUGCGUUGGUGCGCGCUUUUUUUUGUCUGCGUCAUUCUAAGUGUAUUUUAAUGUAUUGCAUAGGAUGUCUGUCUCAACUUUCUUGCGAGGACAGGAGAGGUCCGAUGAUUUCCUCCAGCUGUGGAUAUUGCCUUUUUAAAUGUUUCAGAAGCCCUUUUCUUCCCUAUCCUACAAUCCUGUUCACACUUACCUGGGAAUCAGCUUCAUUGAACUCAAUGGGACAUAGUUCUGAGUAGACUUGCAUAGGAUUGCACUGCCAGUGGGCUUUAGGUUACUCUGAUAAAAGCGCUUAGAACCCCUGGUUCUAGGACAGUAAAUAUAUGUGUUGUACAUAAAUAUCGUAAGUGUUUUAAUGCAAAGCUGUUUGUUACCAGCUGUCUAUGAGAUUGCCAUGUUUGCAUUCCAGUUGUGUUUUCCUGUAGGAACGUGAACUUAGCAUGCUUUUACUUUCAAGACAUUUCUCCCUCGCCCUGCUGUUUUAUUGAGGCGCCUGCUACAGGCCAAUAUGCCAGGGUUGGAACCAAGGUCCUACGAACACAGGAACCAAUUUACAGCCUUACUUACGAAGCUACAACUACCUCUGUAGCAGUGCUGUAACAAGUUCCUUUAUAUUCCAUCACUGCUAAGGAACAGGGAUUUGCAUGGAAUUCACACCGACUCCCUUAGCGUGGGGUUUCCAUGAAUAUUUUUGGUCUCGAUGGUUUGCUUUCCAUUUUAAUUUCCACAAACGCAGCACACGGCAUAACCGGUGCGGAGCAAUUUUGUACAGACAACAACCAAAACGUAGUUGCCUUUUCCACAGUUUUAUGUGGAGUUUGGUUAGGAAAUGAACAUUGUGCACAACCAAAAUUUCACGAAGAACAAAAUUCAAGUUUGCUGGUGGAGUACAAUGUAGGGGUAUUCAAAGAAGCCAAAGCUUUUCCUAUCAGUUCCUCUCCCUAGCCCAAACCAAGGGAAUGGCAGUGCCCCCCCACUCUACAAUGAAACUGCACUCACUUUUGGAAGGGGUAGCACAGUCUCACAAUACCUGGUGCUACGCUGGUAUUGCAGGAAUAUCACACUGCAGGCGUUGCCAUCUAUGCCAGCAGAAGUGUUUAGAGUCAAAGCGCCAACUCGGUUAGUCAACUGAUUCGGCUGCAUUAGCACAAGAGACUUCGCGGCACACAUACUCCAGCUUGAAUCCCACACUUAAGUGUGGGUUGGCAAUUGCAUGCUCUGUUACUCUGCUGUGAUGAAUUCAUCAAUCGCAGAUUUAACGUUCUGAAUUAUUCAUCCUUUCCUCCAAGUGGACUCUUGGAAGGAGUGUGUGCUGUGCACCUACCAUUGUGUCGAAGAUUCUGCCAUUAUUUUCUUAAAACAACAACAACAAUCCUGAUACCAUCUAAAAACAUUAUCUUCAUUCAAUAGAUAUAAUAGAUAUUCUUCUUCUUCUCCUUAUUGGCUACUUGAUUCAUGGAAAAGCGGCAUGUGCUCUGUCCUUUUAAAUUGGUGCCGUGCCACUUUAAGCAAAGAAUCCUGGGAGGUGUAGUUUGUUAAGGGUGCUGAGAGUUGUUAGGAGAUCCUUGUGGAGUUGCAAUCUUCAGGGUGAUUUAGCAGGGCGAUUUCCUUCUUCCCAGGAAAGCUACACUUCCUCCCUGUCCUUGAGUCAUUUAUUCUGCCAGUACUGUACUGCAUUCCUGAUACACAAUAUAGCACACUGACUUUGAGGAAUCGAGGGUUUGAUUGAGGCACAAUCUUUUAGACGAGGAAUUUAUGUAUUUUUAAAGCCUGUUCCUAUGUACUUUACUAAAGCGAUGUACUUUUCCUUUUCACUAUAAUACCUGAUACGUGUGGAGUGCAAUCACAGGGACCUGUGGUUUCUAAGAAAUAACUCUAAAAUAAAUGCUUAUAUUGAGCACAAUGGUUAUUGGUAUCAAUCGUCAGUCAGCAAGUGAAGAACUGGCUUGUUUCAGCAGUUAGAAUUUGUUGUGUAUUUACAAGCAGGUAAUCGAAUCCGCUUUGGUGUGGACCGUGGCUAUUGUAAAACAUUCCAAUGGGGAUGGGCGCUAAGGUCCAAAAAGCAGCCCGUGCCCUGAUCAUUUGUCUGUAAAUUUUGCAUACCAGUAAAUAUGUGAGUUAAUGCCUCUCACUCUUGUUGAUGGUGAAUCAUUAUAAAUGCUGAAAGGGACCAAGACUUGGACAGAAGCAUUCUUGUUGAUGGAAGCAGGAAUGUUGCCAUACAAUAAAAACAUGAGACAAGCCCUGCUGGAUCAGGCUGACGUUCCAUCUAGUCCAGCGUCCUCUUCCCAAAGUGGCCAGGUGCCUGUGAGAAGCCCACAAUCAGAACCUUGGUCAAAUGUAUACCACUUGGUCGACCACAUGGAAAGCCUAUUGCAAAGAAAGCCCACACAGUACAAUCUAGAUGUCAUUUGAUUACAACUUCCCAUCGGUUCCAGCCAGACUGGCCAAUGGGAGCUGAAAUCCCACAAUAUCUUGAAGGCACCAGACUGGCUGCUCUACUACAGUGGACCAAGUGUUGACUGGUAGGGUCCAAUGCCAACUUGGCAGUGAAGCUAAUCAGCCAGUCCCUAUGUCUCAGCCCAACUGAUCUCACAGGCUUUCUGUGAGAAUAAAAUGGGACCGGUUGCAUGUAUGCCGCCCUCAGUUUCUUUGGUGGAAGGCUGCAAGCCAACCACAGUUUUUUUAAAAAUAAUAAUAAUAAUACGAUGGAGAGUUAGCAAGAGAAGCCUGGGAGGUAAAAUAGUAGCAGAGCUUCUAGUGUUGCAGGUGAGCUGGCAACUUCACAUUCAGGUUAUCUUGAUGUGAUUUUGGCCCUCACAUCUGAACAUUUCACCAUUAUGGUAAGAUAUAAACACACACAGAGAGAGAGAGGGAGAGAGGGAGAGAGAAAUAUAUAUAACCAUAUAUCAUAUGGUGUUUAAUGAACACAAUAGAUGGGGCUUGCAGAUCUCUGAAUUAGGAGCUCACUUGGUGCAACCUGAGCUACAGUAAGCCGCUUCUCGAGUUUAUCAGCAGGAGCCCUCAUUGUACAUGCAAACAAUUCAUGGGGAUAAACCUCAGAGAAGUAAUAUUUAAAAACAAAUGCAAAACACCUGUGUUGGCAAUAGAAAGCUAAGGUGCCGAUGGGAUCUUGAUGCAUCGAGGGUGACUAUUCUUUUGUCGGUUUAUUACAGUGCAAUUUUACUUUGUAAAAUAUCUUUGUAAACAAGGUUCGUUCAUUUCUGUAAGUUUUACUGCAUGAAAAGGAACAGUCUGUUCUAUGAGGACAUUUCAGUUACAGCAAUAUGUUUGUGGGAUUGUUUUUAUUUUGGCAGGUAUCUGCAGAAAAGUCAUUGCAUUUGUGGAGUAAUAAAUGUGUUUUGGUUUUUUUAAAAAAACA